CUUGUCUCCAUACUUCACCUCUAUACACUUUUGCGCGUGUUUCGCACGUGUAACGCGACUUUCUUCGAGCUAGCACCGAGGCCAUUCGGCGCGGGUGCCAGCUCUUGUCGUCAUCUGAACAUGGCAUCCAAUCUCCCUAUCCCUAUUCCUCCGCGCACCCCGACGCCUCCCGCGGAUGAUCCCCCUAGCACUUCGAACCAGUCACCCCGGCUCCAAGACAAAGACUCCUUAUCACCAUUGAGGGACACGUUUCCAAAUUUGCGGGGCUCGUUAGAUCCCAGUGAUGCCAAUCGCUUGAGUCCUACACGGGCGGGUUUCAACCUCAGCCCAGCAGACGCAUUACAGCCGAGUGAUCAGAGCGACAAUGCUUCAGCAGGACCAUUCAAUUUCAAGACUACGACUAUGGCGAAGAGUCCGGUCGUGAAGUCUAACAUUGGCCAGCGACGUGGACACAAAUAUAAGCACAGUAGCAUUUCGCAUCAGAUCUUCUUAGAACCGCCCCCACGAGCGCCUCUGGCUCUGCCCAACUCGCUGCCCAUACCGACGUUCAAAGAAUAUCGCUCCAGUAUGUCCAAGGACCAGACCACCCGGUUCUGGUGGAGCGUUUGCCAUAUGUCUGUUGCCGCAUAUACCUUGUGGAGUGCCCAUGGGUCUCUGGCUAUGACGGCUCUGUCGCACUUGAUACUGUUUGAUUCAAUCGGCGCAUUGCUCUGCGUUGCUGUCGACAUCCUGGGUAACUUUGAAGUAUGGAAGCGAUCCAGUGUGCGACACCCGUUCGGUCUGGAGCGCGCAGAAGUGCUUGCAGGGUUCGCCAUGUGCGUACUCUUGCUAUUCAUGGGAAUGGAUCUCAUUUCCCAUAGUCUGCAACACUUUCUGGAGUCUUCCGGUCAUGAACCUCACCAUACUCAUGUUCACGAACGUGUCUCCCUCGGUCGCGUGGAUUUCACCGCUCUGCUGGCCAUCUCAUCAACAUUGAUUUCUGCCAUUGGCCUCAAGAACCAUGGACGGAUAGGAAAGGCGAUGCGGUUCGGGUACAUUGAGUCGCUGCCCUCAGUCCUUAGUAACCCAUCCCAUUUCUUGACGCUCUCAUGCUCCACGCUGCUCCUCUUACUGCCCCUCGUCUCCAUCAAGCUCUACAAUUGGCUGGAUGUUCUACUUUCCAGCACGAUCUCCAUCUCCAUGUGUGUUAUCGGAGUGCGCCUAGUGAAAACACUGGGAUCCAUGCUUCUCAUGUCCUACUCCGGACCGGGGGUGUCCGAGGUGAUCCGAGAUAUCGAGGCCGAUCCCUGCGUCUACGGCGUCGACGAUGCCCGGUUCUGGCAGGUUCAUUACGGGCUCUGCAUGGCUAACCUGAAGCUCCGAGUAUCCGGAACCGAGGAGAAUCUUGUGCGACUGCGUGAACGGAUAGCCAGCCUCAUCAAGAACCGGUUGGGUGGAGGGUACGGAUCCGGGGGGCAGAAAUGGGAAGUUUCGCUGCAGUUUACGGCUGAGAAGGCUUAAGCUGGCAGAUGUCUUUGCUGUACAUAUACGAUAUUUGGCUUCUAAUGAAGAUAUACAGGAAUUAUUAUAAGUUUAUGAGGA